AUGGUCCGUAGUUAUGCAGCUGGUUUUAUCUUUACCACAUCUUUACCACUUAUGGUUUUAGCUGGAGCUCAAGCAGCUGUUGGUGUACUUGCUUCAGCAGAAGGUAGACUGCUAAGAAAGAAACAUCAGGAAAAUGAUCAUAUCUUUGGCAAAAAUUGUUUGCUGCCAAUUUACCAGUUGAGUCUACUCCAUCUCAUAUCAUACCUAUCAAGGUUAGUAGUAGUAUGACUAAAUAAGUACUGGUUAUUUAAUUUAAAAUUCUAUAUUUUAUUUUUUUGUUCAGAUUGGCAAUCCAAAUUUAUGUUCAAAAAUAUCUGACUUAUUACUUCAAGAAAAAGGUCAUUAUGUACAAGCUAUAAAUUAUCCUACUGUACCAAUUGGUGAAAAAAAAUUGAGAUUAGCUUCAACACCACACCACACUGCAGAAAUGGUUGAUAUACUUGUUGCAGACAUGCUCGAUGUGUGGGUAAAAAUUGGCAUUUUUAUCAAUUUGGUAAUAAUAAUUUUCUAUUAAUGUUAUAGGUUUAA